AUGGGAAGUCAACUUCUUAAGCUCUCCGUUUUUUCUUCAGGUCAUGUUAUUACAACUUCAGGUUCUAAUGGUGCUAGUGAACAAAAGCUCAAAAGAAGCAUUUUGAUUCUCAAACCACUUUUAUCCUAUUAUAGAAGAUAUUGGUCGGCAGCUCCAAGGAGAUCCUGGGCUAUUCUCAAAUCCACCUCCACUGAUCCAUUCUCAAAAGUAGCAAUAAUGGGCCCCGCUCGUGCUCUCCUGGCUGAUUUAGCAGGGUGGAUACGAAGUUUUGUAGCAGAUUACUGGAUAUGCAUAUCAUCGAUUUGGUGCUGCAAUUGCAUGGAUGCUAAUGGGUGCAUUGAUCUUGGUGGCCUUUUAAGGGUUACAGCAGGUUAUGGAACAAAAGUAUCGCUCUCUGUUGGAUCGGAUGGACAACCGGAUAUCAUCAAGGAGUGGCAGAUUGAGGAAAGGCAGCUGAGAUUUGCAUCAAUGGUAUAUUUGGGUGAGCAGUAUGUGAAAUACCCUACACUUUCUGAUGUAACUUUAAUGAUUGAAGGAGAGAGAUGCAAAAGAUAUUGGGAGACAUUUGAGAAAAUGAUUAGGUGCAUUUACACUGGAUCAGUGGAAGUGGAUUUAAGAAUAGCGCAGGAUCUCCUUAGAGCUGCUGACCAAUAUCUUCUAGAUGGUCAAGGGACACAAGAAAGAGAUCAUUCUUCAGAAAGGAUUGGUAUGUUCUCACAAAGGAUUUGGUGCUGCAAUUGCAUCGAUGCUAAUGGGUGCAUUGAUCUUGGUGGCCUUUUAAGGGUUACAGCAAGUUAUGGAACAAAAGUAUCGCUCUCUGUUGGAUCGGAUGGACAACCGAAUAUCAUCAAGGAGUGGCAGAUUGAGGAAAGGCAGCUGAGAUUUGCAUCAAUGGUAUAUUUGGGUGAGCAGUAUGUGAACAACCCUACACUUUCUGAUGUAACUUUAAUGAUUGAAGGCAAAAGGUUUUAUGCUCACAUAAUCUGCCUGCUUGCUUCUUCUGAUGCUUUUCGGGAAAUGUUUGAUGGUGGUUAUAGGCAAGGGACACAAGAAAGAGAUCAUUCUUCAGAAAGGAUUGGUAUGUUCUCACAAAAGCUUGCUUCAAGUGUUACAGAAGAGAAAACAAACACUGAUAAGAACAUGUCAACCAUGUUUGAUGUGUUAAGAAGGAACAGAACUGUAAAGCUUGAAACUUUAGUCCUGAAAUGUAAACCCUGGUUGAUGAUUUGUCAAGAACGUUCAGACUAUUUUCCAAAAAUACCCCAUGGAUUGGAUCCUGUCUAUAGUAUGUUUAAACAACAUGUUGCUGCUGAAGGAACAACCUUGGUCAAACAGCCAAAAGAUGCUGCAAGUAAUAAGAAGGUGGAAAAGAGAUUGCAGGUUGAUCCUGCUACAUGA